GAUGAUUAUGUUGGACACAAUUUUAUAUGGUCUUGGAUAAAAAAUUUAUGUACCAUUCGAAACUAAUAUUUUCUUUUACAUAUGAUUUUUUACUAUUAGUUUGUCGCAACAAAAAAAAAAAAAAAUACUGGCCCCUCCUACAGAAAAAUCCUGGCUCCGUCCCUGACCACCGAUACGAUAAGUUUUGUCAAUCCCAGCUACUAAUCCAUCCCCAGCCUGUGUUUUACAGCAUUAAAUAUUAAUCACAUCUUCUUAUCCCUAACAAACUCUUUCUAUAAGUACGAUCCCAAAAUUGCAUGUCUUCCUCCUUACCAAAGCGAACAAAACGAAAGAUUAAACAACAGAUCAAAAUCCAAACAGCAAAAACCCUCCUCUCCGGUCUCCACCAUUGACAUGGACGCCGACGCCGACGCCGCCGCACCUUCCCCGCACCGUGACCAGCUCUCCGUCAUCCUGCCACGCGUCCUCAUCGUCUCCCGCCGAACCCUCCGCAAGAACAAGUUCGUCGAUUUCGUCGGGGAGUACCAUCUAGAUCUGAUCGUCGGGUACGGCGCCGUCCCCGUCAUCGUGCCACGCGUCACCGGGGUCCACAUGCUCCUCGACAGCUUCGAGCCCAUCCACGGCGUCCUCCUCUGCGAGGGCGAGGACAUCGACCCUUCCCUCUACGCCGCCGACGCCGACGCCGCAGGCCUCUCCCCGGAGGAAUUCGAGGAGGUGAAGCGCCUCCACGCCAGCGACACCGCCGUCGACCGGGAGAAGGACUCCAUCGAGCUCAGCCUCGCCAAGCUCUGCCUCGAGCGGAACAUCCCGUUCCUCGGGAUCUGCCGCGGCUCACAGGUCCUCAACGUCGCCUGCGGCGGCACGCUCUACCAGGACGUCGAGAGGGAGCUCUCCAAAUCGCCGGCGGGAGGCUCCGUCGCCACGAAGCACAUCGAUUACGACAACUACGACGGCCACCGGCACCCGAUUGCGGUGGCGGAGGGGACGCCGCUGCGGGAUUGGUUUAGGGAUUCGUUGGUGGAGGAGGGAAUGGGGAUCUGGGUUAAUAGUUAUCACCACCAAGGGGUGAAGAGGCUGGCCCAAAGGUUUGUGCCGAUGGCUUUUGGGCCUGAUGGGCUUGUGGAAGGGUUUUAUGAUCCGGAUGCUUAUAACCCGGAGGAAGGGAAGUUCAUUAUGGGCCUCCAGUUUCAUCCCGAGCGGAUGCGGGACCCGGAUACCGACCGGUUUGACUAUCCGGGUUGCCCCAGAGCCUACCAGGAAUUCGUGAAGGCUGUGAUAGCGUAUCAGAAGAAGCUGGUGAGCGGGAGCACAAGCAGCGUGGGGAAAGCGGUAAAGCUGGAUGAAGAAAUGGAGAAGAAGAGGAAAGUGAUAGUGAGGAGUUUCUCGAUCGCCCGGAAUAUGUAUUCGGCCGUAAGCACCGGCCGGGAGAAGAUAAUAAUGCAGCCAUCGACGGAGUCCGAACUCAAAGCCGGCGCCGAGUUCCUCGAGUGAAUUCUGUGUUGUGUGGAUCUGCAUUGCAUGCAUGCAGUCGAACACGGCGCUGAGCGUGCAGCAGGAGACGAGGCUGAAGCAGAUGGGGGCGACGGUGAGGAACGGAGGGUCGUACAUCCAGCGGCUGAAGCUGAACGAGGAGAGGGAGAAGCUGGCGAGGAACGUGAUGGGGAAGAUGUCGGCCGACCAGCUGUCCGAUCUCUUGUCUUUCUACCACAUGAUGUCCCAGAUUUGCUCCGACGUCUUGGAGAGGAAGCUCCAUUUCGACGUUGCCUUGGACUGACGACGAUAUUGCUUGCCGUUGGAGUGUGCUUUGUAAAUAUCCAACUUUUUUUUUUUUUUUUUCGUUUUCCAGAAAGGAGCGAAAUUGUUUGGCUUUUGAUGCGUUAGAUCAUAAUUAAGGUACAGGGUGACAUUCAAUUUUCAAAUAGGAUACAAACUUCCUAUGAAUCAAACAAUUGACGGG